AUGGUUGGAAGCCUACUAUAUCUAACUGCAACCAGACCAGAUAUUAUGUUCUCAGCUAGUCUACUAGCAAGGUUCAUGCACAACCCUUCUAAGAAGCACUAUGGAGCAGCCAAAAGAGUUCUAAGGUAUAUACAAGGAACAAUUGACUACGGAAUUGAGUAUGUGGCUGGAAAAUCUGCACUAUUGAUUGGCUAUUGUGACAGUGACUGGAGUGGAUCUGAGGAUGAUAGAAAAAGCACCUCAGGGUAUGCGUUUUCAUUUGGAAGUGGCACGUUUGCAUGGGCUUCUGUCAAGCAACAAAGUGUAGCAUUAUCAACUGUAGAAGCAGAGUAUAUGAGUGCAGCUGAAGCAACCUCACAAGCUAUUUGGCUUAGAUUAGUGCUUGAAGACUUUGGAGAGGAACAAACCACAACAACUACACUGUUCUGUGACAGUACCUCAGCUAUAGCAAUGGCUAAAAAUCCGGUAUUUCAUCAAAAGAGCAAGCAUAUUGACAAGAAGUUUCAUUUCAUUAGAGAUGAAAUUCAAAAGGGUGUGAUUGAGUUGAUCUACUGUAAAGGAGAAGAGCAAAUUGCCGACAUAUUCACCAAGGCUCUGCACAGAGACAGAUUCUGCUACUUGAGAAGUCUACUUGGUGUGAAAUCAGCUAGCACUUUAGAAGGGAGUGUUGAAAUGUAA